AUGAGGCCUCGGUUAAUGAUGGUUCGGUUAUAUUACCGAGGUCAUGAUCGAAGCCUCCACAUAAACCUAAAUGGUAACAACCUAGGAGGCGAAAUACCUGUUGUGGUGAGCUCUCUACCUAGUCUCACACGACUAGGACUUGCCCAAAACAAUUUCAGAGGAUCGAUACCAGCCUCAAUCGGAAAUCUCUCUGCACUGUCUAUGCUUUCUUUGGCGGCCAACAAGCUAAUCGGAAGCAUUCCUUUCAAACUUGGACGACUUUUCAAAUUACAAUUUCUUCAGCUGUCUUUUAACAACUUGACUGGUAUGGUUCCUACCAAGCUUUACAACAUGUCGUCACUCAGAUUAGUUUCUCUAGCCGUGAACCAAUUGCAUGGAAGCCUUGCCCCAGAUUUCGGUUUGGCUCUUCCAAAGCUACAAGAGAGAAAUAACCUCUCUGAAAAAAUCCCAUCCUCCAUUAGAAACCUUAGCCAGCUAAGCAUCCUUGUCCUUGCUGAAAAUAAGCUAGAGGAAAGGAUACCUUAUUCCUUGGGGAAUUUUAACCGUCUUCUGGGACUUGAUCUCUCGUUCAAUAACCUCACCGGAACGAUACCUGGGCAAAUCUUCGGGCUUUCAUCCCUAGCUAUUGGUCUCUUCCUAGAUGGUAAUCAACUAACAGGACCGAUGCCAACGCAAAUCGGUAACUUGAGAAUUCUCGGAAAGCUGGACUUAUCAGAAAACAAAUUAUCAGGAGGUAUUCCAGAAACUCUUAGCAGUUUCCAAGUGUUGGAAUUCCUUUCCCUUGCGGGAAAUCAUUUUGAAGGCAAUAUUCUCGAAUCCCUCAAUCAACUGAAAGGUAUUCAAUUCGUAGAUCUGUCUCGCAAUAACUUGUCUGGACAAAUUCCUGAGAUUUUAGGAGAGUUGACUUCAUCUCAAAGUCUCAACCUGUCAUACAACAUGUUCGAAGGUGAAGUUCCAAACAAUGGAUUGUUCAAGAAUAUUAGUGCCUUUUCAGUUGUCGGAAAUAGCAAGCUGUGCGGAGGAGUUGAAGAACUACUACUUCCUGCAUGUCCAGCAAAAGAAUUGCAGAAAAAGAAAGGACCUCUCAACAAUAAAGUGAUAAUCCCUGUAAUCACAAUGUCAUUUAUUGUUGCGAUGAUACUCUGUGUCGCAACAAUUAUUUUUCGAAUCAAAAGAUCGAGACGAGAAACUUCUUCGGCCAAUCCUUUCCAAAGCAAGUUCCCGAAACUAUCUUAUGCAGAACUUCACCAAGCAACAAAUGGGUUCUCUUCCAACAACUUGAUAGGUGAGGGAGAAUAUGGUUUUGUUUACAAAGGGAUUCUCAACUCUACUGGACAAACAGUUGCUGUGAAGGUAUUGAAACUUCAUGAACGUGGAGGGAAUAAGAGUUUCCAAGUAGAAUGUGAAGCGCUCAAGAACAUUCGCCAUCGCAAUCUCGUCAAGAUAAUCACAUCUUGCUCAAGCACCGAUUUUAAGCGCAAUGAUUUCAAGGCUUUCGUUUUCGAAUUCAUGGAAAACGGGAGCUUAGAUAACUGGUUAUACCCAGGAAGUCUUCAUGAGCAACAGAGAACUGCGAGCUUGAACCUCAUUCAACGUGUAAAUAUCGCCAUUGAUGUGGCCUCUGCAUUGGAUUAUCUUCACUAUCAUUGA